AUGCUCCCAGUUGCUGUAAGUGUUAGUAUAGGUACCUAUCACAGGUGUAUACAGGUCUUUCUCACUAACAGACUUGGCCACAGAUUGCAUAGCUGUGAACUGUCAGCUCCCUCGGGCCUUAUCCAGCUCGGCACCUUCUCCAACAGACACACAUGGCUCAAUAUCUUCAUGAUGUUUUUCCCCAUUCUAUUAGCCCUGGCAUCAGUCCUAGCUGCGCAGCCUACUACUACGCCAGACACACAUGAUACAAGCACUGCUUGCUCACAGGUAGCCCACUCCUAUGAGCUUUGGACCAAGAAUGGGGGUAAUGGAGACUUGUCCAACAUCCCAGGACAGACGGCAUAUGACUGUCUCAUGUCCAUGCCCUUUGACUCUGAGCGGGCAGUGCAAUUUCUGGAUGAAUAUCUGAAAUACCUUCAGUUCCAGUCAACGCUGGAUACUCUCAAACAUCCGCCAUCUGGCUACAAGACACCCUCCAUCGAUCUUCUCAAAGGCUUUGACAAGAUCAGAAAGAAAGCCGAAACCAGCACCUACAAAAGCCAAUACGAGUUCGACAACGACAUCAAGCACCUCAUCCACCGCGCAAACGAAGGCCACCUAGAAAUUCAUCUCUGUUCCCACCAAGUCUUCCGCUUCCACCGCAGCCCGCCACUGGUCUCCAUCUCACCAGACGGACUUGAGCUACCCCGUAUCUACACAUGGGGCGACGUGAAAUUGCUACGUUCCGGAUUCCCAAACGCAGUAUCCCACCUAGUCGAGAUCAACUCCAUCGACGCCGCUUACUUCCUCCAAGCCCAUCUCGCCCUCACCUUCGAAUACCACGACCCCGACGCCCGCUACAACCACCUGUUUCCCUCCCCCGCCAACCAAUUCACCGGCUUUUUUACGGGAGGCGGCUGGCAAAGCUACCAAGGUCUUUGGACGGGAGCUGCGCGAUAUCUCCUCAAAUUCCACAAUGGAACGACGGUUGAAGUGAACACAACCGCCAUCUGGCCCAGCACAAAUGGACCCAUGAAUUACACCGACGGGGAAACGCUGUUCAAAGCAGCGUGCUUGCCUGACUACGUGCCCUCGCUGAUGAGUUUCAAUUCCGAUCCAUCACUUCCACCACCUCGACAUGUAAAUGGAGAUGGACCACCGCCGAGCACGGAAGGGGUCUAUCCCGAUCCUGUGGUGCGUAACGAGCAGGACUCGAUACGGGGGUAUUACCUCCAGAAUCCAGAGAACGACACCGCGGUCUUACAAAUCCCUACCUUCCGGCAUACAGGAGGAAUCAAUUUUUCUCAAACUGCUCUAGACUUCCUCACCCGCGCUGCGAGGCAAGACAACAAGACCAAGUUGAUCCUGGACUUGACCGGGAAUACUGGGGGGGAUGUAAUACCUGGUUUUAAUAUCUUUAAAAUCCUUUUCCCUGAUCAGGCUAUUCGCACGGCUACAAGGUUUCGCGCGACGGAAUUGGUUAAUCUUGUUGGGAAGGUGUAUAGUGAGGUUUAUAGGGAUGUCAAAGAUCCGGGAGAGGUACCGAUUGAUCCGCCUUUUGUGGCGAGCGCGGCUGUGGGACCGGAUCAGAAGCGGAGGUUUGGGGGGGAGUGGGAGGGGUUGUUUGGGCCUGUAGAGGUGCAGGGGGGCGGGAAUGUGUCGAGGUUGUUGGGGCAUUUUGAUUUGGAGGUGGUUUCUACGGCGACUGAGCCGAUAUAUGGUUAUGGGCCUUUUGCAGAGAUGAGCAAGGCUGGGAGACCGUUUGCUGCGGAGGAUAUUGUUGUUAUAACAAACGGCCAAUGCGCCUCCACCUGCGCCCUCCUCGUCUCUCUCCUCCGCCGUCAAGGCGGAGUCCGCACCCUCGUCUUCGGCGGCCGUCCUCGACACGCGCCGAUGCAAGCGGUGGGAGGCGUAAAAGGAGGGCAGUACUGGUCCCUUGGCACCAUCUACCGGCAUGUUUCGAGGGCUAUUGAGUUAGCGGUGAAUUCCACUGUUUCUGGUCGGCGGCCGGUGUUGACGGGUGAGGAACUAGAGAGGUUGAACGAAUUAGCGCCUGCUAAUCCGGAUACGGACUUGGAAGUUGCGAAUCUCGCGGGAGGAAAGGGGGAAGGAAAGGAAAGAAGGGGGUUUCCGCUGAGAAUGGGCUGGCGGGGAGAGGGAGGGGUGAAUUUUAGGGAUUUGUAUUACCUUGACGGAGACGAAGAGGACAGUGAAGAGGGCAAUGGGAAGGAUAAGAGGAAGGGGACGAGUACAGGCACAGUCCCGGCGCAAUUAAUCUACGAGCCAGCGGAGUGUAGAAGGUUCUUUACGAUGGAAAUGAUGUUCAGGCCGGCGAAGAUGUGGGAGGUAGCGAGGGAGGUGAUGUUUGGGGACUCUGGGGAAAGGGGGUGUGUUGGGGGCUCGGAGACAAGAACACAAGGGGAGAAGGGACCUCGUAGAGGCCUCCUCCACCUCAGGAGUUGGGUGUCCGCGAUAAGGCGAGGGCUGCAUGAGGUGGUUUUGGUCUGUGAACUCUACAUAUCGCAAGUCGUCGUAUUGAACGUUGUCGUUUGGCAAAACCCGCCGACCAGAGAGAGCUGGGGGAGUUCGAUCGGUUUGGUGUGCCAUUUUCGGAGCAUGGAUCGAGACGUUGGCAGCAGCUCGCUGCUUGCAGAGGAUCUUGAGGAGGAGGAGGAUGACUUGAUCAUCGCUCCAACCGAACUGGGUUCAGAGUCUGAUGCCUUCAUCAAAGACCACCCAUGGUCAUCCUCUUCCACUUCCCGUCAAGGGACGGACCAUGAUCAAGACGAAACCGAGACCGGGCACCGUCCAACCGACAAUGACGACGUAAUCGAUCCUCGUCUCAAGAACUAUCCCAUCCCCCUCGUAGCAAAAACCGUCGACCUGCACAACGACGAGACCGAGCCCCUCCUCACCAUCCGCUUCUGGAUCCUCUCCACCAUGUGGGUCAUCAUCGGCUGCUCCGUCUCCUCCGUCUACUACUUCAAGCCCUACUCCGUCCGCCUCUCCGGCUACGUCGUCCAGCUUCUCUCGUGGGGGAUGGGCGCCCUUAUGGCGUGCCACCUCCCUUCCAAGGAGUACACCCUCACUUUGCCAGUUGUUGGCAAGCAACUCUCAUUCAACCUCAACCCCGGACCGUGGAACACCAAAGAACACGCCCUCGUCAUUGUCUCCUACUGGGGCAGCACCUACACCGCCUACGGCCUCGGUCCGCUCUCCGCCAUGGAGCUCUACUACAACAAGCGCAUGAGCGGGUGGUGGGCCAUCUUGUUUCUCAUGACCACGCAGCUGAUGGGGUACGGCUUCGCCGGUCUGUACCGGGACGUGUUGGUCCGCCCCCCGGGGAUGUACUACCCCGGCGUUUUGCCGAACGUGGCGCUGUUCAAUGCUAUGCACCGGCACCCGUCCGUGACCAAGAAGUCGCUGUGGUUCUUUUGCGUGGUGGCGGCGGCGGCGUUUGUGUACCAGUGGCUUCCCGGGUUUGUGAUGCCCUUGUUGGCUUCGCUGCCGGUCGUCUGUUGGAUGGGAUGGGGUAUGUAUUGGAAGGCGUUUGUGUUGGGGAGCGGGACGUAUGGGUUUGGGUUGUUGGACUUUUCGUUGGAUUGGAAUUAUGCUUCGUUUUUGAGCCCGCUUUAUACGCCGUUGUGGGCGACGAUGAAUCGGUUUGUGGGAGCGGCGGUGGUCAUUUGGGUGUUGUAUCCCCUGGCGUACUUCUUCGAUGUCAAUGGGGCUCAGCAGUUUGCGCCGAUGAGCUCGGGGACUUGGGAUUCAGAGGGGAAUCGGUACAAUGUCUCGCGGAUUUUGACGCCAACGUACGAGUUGAACCGGACAGCGUUGGAGGAGUAUUCCCCGCCGUAUUGGUCGUUCAGUUACGCGAUGCACUUCUUCUGGGGCUUCGCUGCGUCGACGGCGGUGUUGACGUACGCUGUCGUCUUUCACGGGCGUCAAUCUUGGGAGACGCUUCGAAGCUCGCUGCAAACCAUCAGCAACCCCUUCGCAAAGAAGGACCGCAAGCAAAAGAAGAAUGUUCAACACCGGGCGGAAUUUGAUGACCCCUACCUCAAACUAACCGCCCACCUCCCCCGCGUACCUCACUGGUGGUAUCUCGCCCUCCUCCUUUCCUGCUUUGUCAUUGCCGUCGCCCAGCUCUCGGGCGGUGACAUGCAGCUCCCCUGGUGGGGCCUCCUCCUUAUCACGACCAUCUCUGCCCUCUUUACCUUUCCCAGCGGCAUACUCUUCGGCUUCACCAACGUGCAAAUCGGCAUGGACUACCUCUCCGAGCUGCUGGCUGGGUUCCUUUUCCCCGGUAAACCCAUCGCCGUGCUCACCUGCACCGUGUACGGCCGGCAGAUCCUCGAGCAAUGCCUCAACCUGGUCAGCGACAUCAAGUUCGGCUUCUACAUGAAGAUCCCCGAGCGCGAGCUGUUCGUGGCGCAGGUGUAUGGGACUUUGCUGGGCCCGUUUGUCAACUGGGCUUGUAUGAGGCUGAUCAUCGAUACGCAAGGGAGGAAGCUGACGGGCGAGGUGGUGUCGGGGACGUGGAACGCUUUGAAGACGAAGAACUUCUUUUCGCUGUCGGUUAUCUGGGGCGUGCUUGGUCCGCAGGUGUUCUUUGGGAACGAGUCGCCGUAUCGAUGGGUGUACUGGGGAUUUAUUGUGGGACCGCUAGCGGUGAUGUUGUUAUGGGUUGUACACAGAGCGAGGCCCAAGUGGAAGGUCGAGAGUAUGGUCAACCCGGUGGUGAUGCUGAACGGGGCGACGCUGUUUCCCAUCUACCCCACGACGAACCUGACGACAUCGGUGCUGGUGGCGGUCGUGUUCAUGGGAUACGUGUACAGAUACCACCCGGUGUGGUUCCGCAAGUACAACUAUCUGCUCGGGGCUGGGUUAGACUGUGGUGCGCAACUGGUGCAGAUGGCCAUGAUCUUGGUGGUUGACUUGCCCAAUGUGACCAUGCCGCACUGGUGGGGGAAUGAUGCGGUCGCGGUGGACAAGUGCUAUCCGCCGUUGGACUUGCCUGGGAACGUAUUUAACUGA